AUGGACCCAGAAACUUCUAUGUUAAGCACACUCAGCCGAAAGUCCGUGAUAUCUUCACCGCCCAAUCCUGUGGAAGGGUCACCCAAAAAGGAUUUUUCGGCCAUGCCACGCUUUCCCUCGCAUAGUCGGCGUAAUAGCUCCGAUACUUACACCUCCUCCGACAUCGCUCUGCCUGAGGAUUACACAAGCUGGACUUCACUCCAGAUAAAUCCAAUGAAGAAGCAGAAGACUUCAAGUGAGACAACAACGCCGAAGCAACCAAAUCCUUCUUACUACUCGGUACUACCAUUCCAAGUAGCAGUUGCUGAUCCCCCACUAAUCCCUGCUCAGAGGCGUCGCGCGCAAAACAGAGCAUCCCAACGUGCCUUUCGCGAGCGCAAGGAACGACAUGUCAAAAAUCUCGAACAACAGUUAGAGGAUCUUCAUCAACAAUAUGAAGAGCUUCUACAAGCAUACAAUCAACAGAAGGGAGACAUCUUCAACUUGAAAUCAAAAUUGCACGAGAUCCACUCCGAAAACAGAACAUUACGAGUUCCUCACAACAGCCCGAUGAAAUUUGCCUCGACGAUGCGCGCUUCAAGAUUUCAAGGUACUGAAGACACAUUGCAGCUUCACCAAAACGAUCUUCUCCAACCACAAUCGCAAUCGAUAACACCUACCUCAAAUUUCGACACUCGAAAUUCCAUAUCACGGGGCUCGAUUUCAGAGGAACAUACUCCGUUCGGCUCACUGCUCCCUCUUACGCCUGCUGAAAACUUCGACAAUCCGGGAGUCUUUUCUUCUUCCGAUCCAUUUUUCACAACGGGCGAGGGCUCGAGAGGUUAUAGCGUGAAUGACUAUCAAGAACCGCAGCAGCAAGGUGGUUUUGGCUCGCCGACAUUCAGCAAGGAGUUUGCAACCAAUCCUGCGACAGACAUAUUUGAACGGUGGACGUGA